CCGACAAAGUAAUGAUUCAAUCAAUCCAAUACAAUCAUAUCACUGUGGUUACAAAUCUUAACCAAACCCGAUACGCAUACGUAUUACAGAAUUACACAGAAUUAAUAGUACACGGAUAUAUGGAAAUGUCAAUUUCUUUCACCUAACAGAGACAGCCAUAUGCCCAUAUUCAACGAUUCAAGCGCAGGCGCACGAAUUUUCAACCACCACGUCCCCGUUCCCGCCGCUCCUGAAAAGCACGUACCCGACGGCGAGGCCGACGACGACGGCGAGGAACACACCGCCGUUGAAGGACAUGAUGGCCAGCAUCAGGAGGUAUCCGACGGCGGAGCUGAUCCCGAACAGCAGGCCUCCCGCGACUCUCACCGCCGCGCUUCGGCGGACGCCAACGGAUCUGAGGAGCGGGGCGUCCAGGAGAUCCGUCUUAUUAGCAUCGGCGCCGAGAGACGAUCCGGCGAUCUUGAAGCAAAUACGGCGGUCCUCGAUGUACUGGUAGAAGACGGAGAAGAAGAAGCAGACGAACAAGGUGAGCGCGUAGCUGAUCCACGAAUCGGUUUUCCAGAAAUCGAACAAAACGGUGACGUUUUUGCCCCAGUAGAACGUCAUAUGCAUCAUCUUGCCGCCGGCGAUGGUACAGGGAACUGGUGGUAGAUGGAAGAUUUAAGAGGAUGCGAGUUUUGGGAGGAAUUUGAUUGCGUGAUCCGAAAGAAUAAUGUGAUAAUAUAUGGAUCAUCUAAUUUCAGAAUCGUACGCCAUUGAAGAUAG